AAGUGCAUAGCACCUGGUACUAUUAGAGGAAGAAAAGUUUUUAUCGAUAAUUAAAGGUCAUCAGGUAUUUUGUAUCUAAUUUAUAUUGUUUGGAUAAAAUUUUAUAAUUUACUUUAUUACUUCUGGUCCAUUAUGAAUACAUUGUAAUACUUUCUUCUCGUCAGUGAUCAGUGUUCAAAGUGUGAAAAACGAAAACAGUGAGAAUGAAAGACGCCGGAAAGAGCCGCAAGGCGAAGGACGCCGGAAAGAACCGCAAGGAAAAUAGGAAACCAUCCUCGGAGGCGAAGAAAAGCCGGAAAUCGGCCAGCGGAAUCAGCGGAUCGCCCAAGAAGGGAGGCCACGGCGGAAAGUUCACGUGGAUCGGCGGCCAAGGGUACUCGCACAUGGAGAUGGAGAUUGGGCCGGUGGCUCUGGAUGCCAAUGAUCCAAACUUCGACGAUCCGAAGGACGUCACCGCCUUAUGAUCGGGCACACUUACGUUCAGUCUAGGGGAA